AUAACUUUACUGGAUAUUUUCUUUGAUCAUAACCUCAAAAAUGACAUUAGAACCUUUCAUAUUCAACUGUUUCACCUUAGAAAACUUUUUAAAUCCGUACUUUAACCUAUAAUUUAGUCAUAAAUAAGUCACAUAACCUAGAAAAUAUACGUCAAGACGCAGUUCUGGUUAAGAAAUGACUUCUAAGAUUGAAAUAAUCAAAGAAAUGAAAUCAAUAUUGUAAAUUCUUAAACACUUCCACUUCUUCUGUACUUCUCUUGAGUUGUACACCACUUCUCAGCAUAUUAUCUCCCCCUUGGCAUGGUGAGAAGAGAAAGAGAAUGAUUGGAAGGGGUUUUUUCUUGUACUCUUGGGAGAGAAAAUAGCUAAAUAAACAAUCGGAUCACAUGAAUGAUCUCCGCGAUUGAUUGAUCACGUUGAAAAUUUGGCAAUGAGAGUUGCAGAUGAUAAAUACUUCUUCUUCUCCUCUUUAUACCUCUCAAGUGAUUGUGAAUUGCUUUUCUUUUCGGGCGGGAAGACAGAAAGGCAUCUGAGAAGUGAGAAGGAGCACGUGAAAGAUUUCUAGCGAAAAGAUAGUGCGAUAAGAUGAGGAGAUUGACUGACUUGGAGGAGCCAACUUAAGUGCUGCGCGUGUGUUUUGGGUGGGGAAAGAGUUGAAAGAUGACGACACCCGAAUCCCGAAGUCAGCCAGACAGUUUGGAUUUGGAUUACGAUCUGUGGCAGGGACAGUUUGAGUUUAUCGGCCCCAUAAAUGGUGUAAAUGGCAGGCGUGACAGUGUUGAGGAUCUCGAUUUGAGUUGUCAUCAGCAUCAGUACGACAAGAGUCGACCUGUGCUCGUCGAUGAGGAGACCUUCCUCAGUCUGCACGGGACGGAAUCGUCCGCGGACAGCGACGAGGAGGAGAGCAGGGUGAGAUCUGGACCGCAUUCGGGCUUCUUCAUCGACGAGUGCGGUCGCGGCACGCCGGACACGCUGAAGGACGAGAGUUUCGAGGGUACAAAGGAUAUACCUAGUCAGAUCAGUGAUCUCGUGGAGAUCAACAAUGCCAAAAACAAUCUCAAGAGCAGCAAUUUGCGCCUCAUUGCGGAGAAUCAGAACUUCCUGCGCAAUGGCACAGCCAAGAUGAACGGCAUCAAGGCCGAAGUGUGUGACAACCUCAACGAGCAACUGGAAUUGUUGCAGCGACAAGUGACGAAUUUGGCGGACACGCAGAACAACGUGGAGGACAUCACGACGCGCACGAAGACGGAGUAUGCGGUCCUCCAGGCGCGCUAUCACAUGCUGGAGGAGCAGCUGCGCGAGUGUGAGAUGCGCGCCGAGGAGAGGAUCGCCGAGGAGCAGCGGCGCAAUCGCGAGCUGCUGGCCAGAAUGGAGCGCGAGGCGCAGCUGCAGUCGGAGAACUGUCAGAUGAAGGUGCGCACGGUAGAGAAGGAGGCGUCGAUGGUGCGCGAGGAGGCGCAGCGCCUGCGCCUGCAGUGCGACAAGCAGGCGGCCGACUUGCAUGCCAACGAGGAGAGUUUGGAGAUUGCGCGCGACAAUUGCGCCGCCAUGCAGCAGGACCUGAUGGAGGUGCAGGCGCGCGAGAAGCGACUGCUGGCGGACAAAGUGGCCACGGAGGAGCUGAUGCUGGAGAUGAGCAAGGAGGUGGACAGGCUGCGCAGCGAACGUGGUCCAGCCAUGCCGACCACGUCGCCGGAAUCCAUAAGACUAGAGGAGUUGCAUCAGGAGCUUGAUGAGUUGCGUCAGACCAACAAAAAUCUCUCGGAGGCCAAUGAAGAGUUGCAGGCUUUGGUUCUCACGCGGGGCGUGGAAGAGGGCAGAAAUCUCCUGAACGGCACAUCGAACAGCCUCGCGCAGGAGCUUCACGACAUGAGUCAGAGUCAGGACGCAACAGAUGCGGCUAUGCUGACAUCACUCACGCAGCUUCAGACGGCGUAUCAGGACAAGGAGGAGGAGAAUGUGAGGCUGAAGCACUACAUCGACACAAUUCUGCUCAACAUCGUCGAGAACUAUCCCCAAUUGCUGGAGGUGAAGAGCAAUGCGAUGUCGACUGUGCAGAAGCAGUGAGAAAAGUCACGAAAAAUCCCAUCUUAUGUUUGUAAUAUCGAUUUUGUGUACAUUUUAUUGAGGAGCGUCCAGGAAGACAAUUAUUGUCACAAAACCUAUUUUUUUAACAAAUCAAUAUUAAAACCUCUUUUAUUAAAACAACAAACAAUUGUAUAUAGGCUAAGAUUCGUGAUCGUAUAGUUGAUCAAGAAUGGAGAAGAAAAUAAAACUGUUGAGCAAUAGUGAGUUAUUGUGUAAAAUUGUGAUUAAUGUGGCUAAAUUAGGACGAUAAAUAGAUAAACACUUGGUUAAACAAAUAAUAAAAUAAUAUAUUUACUAAAAAAAACAUGCGUAGAACUUUUUGUAAAUUAUUAUUCAUGAAGGAGCAAAAGAAGAAAAAUUGAGAUAAUAAAGUAAUUUUUCUUGAGAA